GCAGCCGAGAGCAGGCGAGUUCGCGAACCGACGCCGACGCCGCACUCGCGCGUGUUCCGUGAGCCAGCCAGCCGCCACCAGACGGAAAGCCAGCGAGCCAUGUCGUGCUGCGACUGGGCGUGGCGCGUGCUGGGACGCGCCGGGCUGUCGCGCUGCGCCGACCCGGACGCCGUGGUGCCGUUGGAGGCGGCGCUGCGGCCGCGCCCCCAGGUGCUGGCGCUCUUCUUCCUGCCCGCCGGGGGCGGCGCCGCCCCCGAGGACCACGGCGUCUUCACGGCGCGCCUGCUCGACCUCUACCGCCGCCUCAACGACGAGCCGGCCGGCGCGGAGGAGGAAGCCGGCGCCGCCGCCGCCGACUCGGCGGCGCCCGACACGAAGCGGCUGGAGGUGGUGCAGGUGCCGCUCACCAACGUGGACACGGCCGCCGUCGCGCUCGAAGACGCCGAGCUGGCCUUCCGCAAGGCCGCCGCCGACCUGCCCUGGCUGGCCGUGCCCUUCCACGACAUGCACAGGAAGACCACCUAUUUACCUGAACCUGGUCCACCCACCACAGAUGCGCGGCGUGUAUUACAAUCUUCGGCGCCAUUUUGUUUAAUAACUCCGCAAUAUUUCUGGACAAAAAAGUUUAUAAUGCAACUGAAAGAUAGAUGAAUAAAAGGAUAUAAGCAUUGUU